CAAUCCAGGAAUAUAUUUUUACAGAAAUGGCAGCCGGCGAUGAUCUUCUGUGUAACUUUAGAAAAUGCAGAAAAAGGGUUAAUACAUUUGGAUGGGUGACAUCAUGUUCACACAUUUUCUGUGAUGAAGAUGGUACAAGAGAAUUCCAGAAAGGCUAUUUCUGCCCUGCCUGUGAAGGAACACUUUCAGGAAAAUACGAUGUGGUUCGAGUGGAGCUUCARCCUUCAGAGCAAUACAAAUCGAUGGUUCUUGCUGGUCAGCGUCCUGAGAUUAUCAUGGAGAUAGCAUCACGUGCUUUAUCGUUCUGGACRUACCAGGCAUCUCAAGAGCGAACUUAUCAAGAGUUUAUUGCAAACAAAUUCAAAGAGAAGAUCUCUGAAAUGGAACAGUACUACGAUCAAAUGAUCGCCAAAGCACAAGCUGAAAUCUCAUCUCAUAAAAAUCAAAUAUCUGCAAAAUCAAAGGGUCUUGAAGAAACCAAGAAGCGGUUAACUGAGAUUUCUGAAAAGCUAGAAGACAAAACCAGACAAUACCUCAAACUACAAGGAAUGUAUGAUUCGCUUAGAAGGAAAGCUAUCACACCUACUCUGAUGUUGACAGGAGACGAGAAAAGACCAAUCGACAGUAGAGCGGAGCAAGUUCGAAAUUCCUUUUUAUUCUCUCUAGAUACAGGAGCAGAUCUUCUACGCACAUCCUCAUCAAAUAGCGUYAAUCCUGCUGUUAUCCCUGUACAAGCCGAGCGUGACUUUGCACUCCAACAACGCGGACUUCCUGCUCAACGGCCUUCAUCUUGUGCAGCUACACCAACAUGCCCAACUGAUCAUCAAAUCCAGAAAAACUUUACUGUGGAUUUUGUCAGUACUCCAGACUUAACAAGAAGGCUCUAUCGUAAGAAAUGAAAACUAAACCAAAUGACGUUGAGAAGUAC